AUGAACAAAAAAGUAAUAUGCCUGUUUGACGUUGAUGGAACACUUACAAAGCCACGCAAUAUUAUAUCCGAUCAUAUGACUGAAUGUUUGCUUAAAUUGUGCUCUAAUAUUCCCUUGGCUGUGGUUAGUGGUUCCGAUUUCCAGAAGGUUUCUUCACAGAUUGGGACACUCGCUACCGAAAAAUUUUCAUAUAUAUUCUCUGAAAAUGGUUUGGUAGUACACAGUUAUGGUCAGAAAAUUAAAAGCACAAAUAUUAUUGAGCAUGUUGGUGAGGAAAUCCUUCAACGUUUCAUCAAUUUCUGUCUCCAGUAUAUGUCAAACCUCUGGCUUCCGAGGAAAAGAGGAAAUUUUAUUGAAUUCAGAAAUGGUUUGAUAAAUGUGUGUCCAGUUGGACGAAGCUGUAGUCAGGAAGAACGAGAUGAAUUUGCUAAAUAUGAUGCGAAACAUAAAAUUCGCGAAGAUUUCGUCAUGAAAAUGCGUUCGGAAUUUCAUUCAAGUCCUUUAGAGUUCGCUAUAGGUGGACAAAUUAGUAUUGAUGUUUUUCCAAAAGGUUGGGACAAACGAUACUGUUUACAAUUCCUGAAAGAUUACGAUACUAUACAUUUCUUUGGUGACAAAACAAAAGAGGGUGGAAAUGAUUACGAAAUAUUCAAUGACCCACGAACCAUCGGACAUACUGUUACGUCACCGGAAAAUACAGAAGCUCAACUCAAAGCGUUAUUCCCCGAAUAUUGUUAA